AUGUUUCCUCUCUUUGGGAAGAUUUCUCUGCAUAUUUUGAUAUUUUUCCUGAUAGAAGGCAUUGUUACAUCCUUAACAGAAGAAAACCAAGAACCCAAGAGUACAAUCGCUUUUCUCCUGCCUGAAGAAUCUACAGAUGCUCUUUUACUUACUGAAAAAAAACAGAUUCUAGAUCACCGAGAAACUGAGAGACAGUGGUUACUUAGAAGGCACCGGCGAUCUAUUCUGUUUCCUGACGGAGUAAAAAUCUGUCCAAAUGAAAGUGUUACAGAAGCUGUGUUAAACCAUAUGAGGUAUUUUAAAGUCCGAGUGUGCCAGGAAGCUGUCUGGGAAGCAUUCAGGACUUUUUGGGAUCGACUUCCUGGGCGUGAGGAAUAUCGUUACUGGAUGGAUUUGUGUGAGGAUGGAAUUACAAGUAUAUUUGAAAUGGGUACCAAUUUUAGUCAGUCAGUGGAACACAGAAGCUUACUCAUGAAGAAACUGACUUAUACAAAGGAAACUAUAAGCAGUUCUUGCAAGGACCAGACCUGUGGCCCUGAAUUGUCAUCUCCAGUUCCUGCUGAUGAUACCUCAACGUUGAUAGGUAUGCUCCUGGUGGCCUCCUCUGAAGGUGCCUCAGAGAGUAGCUUGGAGCCCCCACAGGAGACUAUUAGCAAUGAAAUUGAGAAUGUGGUAGAAGAGCCCACAAAACCAGCAACUGAACAGAUUGCAGAAUUCAGUAUUCACCUUUUGGGGAGACAAUAUAGAGAAGAACUGAAGGACCCUGCCAGUUUCCAUCACCAGCAUCUUGCAGAAGAGUUUAUUGCAGAGGUUGAAAAUGCAUUUGCUGGAUUACCAGGCUACAGAGAGAUUCAUGUUCUUGAAUUUAGGUCUCCUAAGGAAAAUGGCAGUGGUAUAGAUGUUCUCUACACAGUUACCUUCAAUGCUGAGGCCAUCAGCAAUACCACAUGGGACCUAAUUAGCCUUCAUUCCAACAAGGUGGAAAACCACGGCCUUGUGGAAAUGGAUGAUAAACCCACUGCUGUUUAUACAAUUAGUAACUUCAGAGAUUAUAUUGCUGAGACACUGCACCAGAACUUUUUGCUGGGGAAUUCCUCCUUGAAUCCUGAUCCUGAGUCUCUUCGGCUUAUUAAUGUGAGAGGAGUUUUGCUUCCACAAACAGAAGACUCAGUUUUAAACACCCAAAGUUCAAGUUUUCAGUCAACGCCACCAUCUAUUCUGGAUAAUACCAUUCCAGCUGAAUGGCCCUCAGCAGAUGAAUCCACCACCAGCAAAAUUUCACCAGUUGGUUUCAGCUCUGGUCCUCCCUCAACCACUGGCAGGGAACUGUGGUCAGAAAGUGCAUUGAGUGAUUUAGUGUCUACAUCUAAAUUAGUCUUCCCCUCGGAAUUGGGCCUCAGUUCUUCCCCAGAGGUAUUAGAUGUUAGGCGCUUGACUCUUCAUUCUGUGACCCCAGCAGUGCUUCAGACUGGUUUGCCUGUGGCUUCUCAGGAGGGAACUUCUGGAUCUCACUUAUUAGAAGAUGAAUUAGCCAAUAUUGAAGAGUCAAAUGUUCUUUCUACAGAUUCAUUACCUUCAAGUGCAUUCGUUCAACCUGUGCCAAAAGGAACAAUACCAUCUAUAGAAGACUCGCUUGUGUCCCUGACAUCCUCACCAUAUCUAACCUCAUCUGUUACAUUAGAUCUUCUUGAUAAAGAAAUGACUUUUGAAUUGGACUCCUUGGCCUCCAAAGUCACAGACCAAUUAGAAGUGGAGCCUUUGUUUCCUGAUACAUCUGUGGAAAAAGAGGUCAUAUUUGAGAGUGGUUUAGGUUCUGGGUCUGGGCAAAAGGAGGAGCUGAUAACUUGGCCCUGGAGUGAGACUUCAUUAGACAAGAGCACUGAACCACUGUCCAAGCCAUGGUUUGAGGAUGAGGAUUCACCUUUGCCAAUUAAAGGUAGAGGUGAGAAACUACAUACAGAUGGAAAAAUGGAUUCCACAGAUCUAAUUAUUGAACAGUCAAAACACAGUCAGGAUGAUAGACACAUACAGUUUGCAGAAACAGAGGACCUCAGUGGACCUACCACCAUACCCACCUUUGUAGAGUCUGUUACUCAGUCUGCAUCUCUCAUAUUUUCCAAGCACAUAUCAGAAGUAUCUGACAUUGAGCAUUACUCAGUUACAAAAGCACCACUUCUACAGACAUCUAUAGCAAGUUCUGCUUCUGCUGAGAAAACAGAGCAAGUGGAUGUCUUUCUAAAGGAGCACAUAGAACAAACAACAGAUUCAUCAGGCCAUGAAUUGCUUGACAGCAAGGUUUCAGAGGUGAAGGCAGAUAUGCAAUCUGUGUGGACCAUAUUGCCAGAAGCAGAUAUAGUUUGGACAAGAACUUCCCCGGAGAAACUGUCCAGAGAUACAGUGGCAAGUACACUGAUGAGUACUGAUAGACCCUGGUUGAAAUCUUCCAUGACACAGUCCACUAAAUUGCCUUCAACCACAAGUUCCACCCUGCUAGAGGAUGAAGUAAUAAUGGGUGUACAGGAUAUUUCAUUAGAACUGGACCGGGUAGGCACAGAUUACUAUCAGCCUGAGCUAAUCCAAGAGCAAAAUGGCAAGCUUGGUAGCUAUGUGGAAAUAUCUACAGAGAAGCCUAUUGUGGCUCAGCCCACCAAAGGAGGUGACACAGGUGACACUCAGACCACAGGAGCUUUGGUGGUUUUCUUCAGCCUUCGAGUGACUAAUAUGAUGUUUUCAGAAGACUUGUUUAAUAAAAACUCUUUGGAAUAUAAAGCCCUGGAGCAAAGAUUCUUAGAAUUGUUGGUUCCCUAUCUCCAGUCAAACCUCACAGGCUUCCAGAAUUUAGAAAUCCUAAACUUCAGAAAUGGCAGCAUUGUGGUGAACAGUCGAAUGAGGUUUGCCAAGUCUGUACCUCCUAAUGUCAAUAAUGCUGUAUAUCUGAUUCUGGAAGACUUCUGUACUACAGCCUACCAAACCAUGAACUUGGAUAUUGAUAAAUACUCCCUGGAUGUGGAAUCAGGUGAUGAGGCCAACCCUUGUAAGUUUCAGGCCUGUAAUGAAUUUUCUGAAUGUUUGGUCAACUCCUGGAGUGGAGAAGCAAAGUGCAGAUGCUUCCCUGGGUACCUGAGUGUAGAUGAUCUGCCUUGUCAGAGUCUCUGUGACCUACAGCCAGACUUCUGCUUGAAUGAUGGAAAAUGUGACAUCAUGCCUGGGCAUGGGGCCAUUUGUAGAUGCCGAGUGGGUGAAAACUGGUGGUACCGAGGUGAGCACUGUGAGGAGUUUGUGUCUGAGCCCUUGGUCAUAGGCGUCACCAUAGCUGCAGUGGUUGGCCUUCUCUUCAUCUCUUCUGUUGUCAUCUUCUUCUUUGUCAAGACUCUUCAAGCUCAGAAUAACAGGAGAGAAAGAGAAAGGCCUAGCAGGCAUCCUGACAGCCUGUCAUCCAUCGAGAAUGCUGUGAAGUACAACCCUGCUUAUGAAAGCCAGGUGGCUGGAUGUGAGCAGUAUGGUGGAGCUCAGUAUCCCUGCUACAGUUCUGCCAGUGAAGAGGUGAUUGGUGGUCUGAGUAGAGAAGAAAUCAGACAGAUGUAUGAGAGCAGUGGCCUUUCCAAGGAGGAAAUUCAAGAGAGAAUGAGGAUAUUGGAACUGUAUGCUAAUGAUCCAGAGUUUGCAGCUUUUGUGAGAGAGCAUCAAAUGGAGGAGCUUUAACACAAAUGCCUAUCUCUGACAUGGAUUAGAAGUGUGAAGAUGCCGACCACUGGUUAGCCGUGUCAUGUAAUUAAUUUGGACUUUACUUUGAAUACCACUGGAAGAAGACUCUUCCAUGAAAAAAAAUACAUGAAUGUGGAACAC